AUGGGUGACCUGGUGGAGGUGCACGGCCCCACUGCACCCUCCAUGGGAGCACAGCCCAGAGCUGGGCUUUGUCCAGGGUGUCAGGACGACUAUCUCCCAGGUGGGCAGCAGCUAGGCAGCCUCUUCUCCAUGACCUGGUGCAUCCCAAAUUGCCCGGACGAAGAGAGGAGCCAGGCCUUCUCGCUAUACAUGAUGCUGGGAGGCUUUAUAUAUGACUCUCCCCCUCCACACACCUCCCCAAGGUGCUCCCAAGAUGCCAAGUCGGGCCAGAUGCUCUCAGAGCUCUUUACCAAAAGAAAGGAGAACAUUCCUCUCAAGUUCUCUGAAGACUGCCUUUACCUAAACAUCUACACUCCCGCCGACUUGAAGAGGAAAAGCAGGCUGCCGGUGAUGGUGUGGAUCCACGGAGGAGGUCUGUUGGUGGGCGGGGCAUCAACCUAUAACGGGCUGGCCCUCUCUGCCCAUGAAAACGUGGUGGUGGUGAUCAUUCAGUACCGCCUGGGCCUCUGGGGAUUCUUCAGCACAGGGGAUGAACACAGCCGGGGCAACUGGGGUCACUUAGACCAGCUGGCCGCGCUGCGCUGGGUCCAGGAAAACAUUGCCAACUUUGGAGGGGACCCAGGCUCUGUGACCAUCUUCGGAGAGUCUGCGGGAGCUGAAAGUGUCUCUGUUCUUGUGUUAUCUCCCCUGGCCAAGAAUCUCUUCCACCGGGCCAUCUCCCAGAGUGGUGUGUCCCUCAUCUCUUCCCUGGUCAAGAAAGACACCAAGGCCACAGCUCAGCAAAUCGCUUCCUUUGCCGGCUGUCAAACCACCACCUCGGCGGUCAUGGUGCACUGCCUGCGCCAGAGGUCGGAGGAGGAGCUCCUGGAAACGUCGCUGAAGAUGAAUUUUUUCCGUCUUGAUUUACAUGGAGACCCCCGAGAGAGCCAGCCCUUCCUGUCCUCUGUGGUUGAUGGAGUGCUGCUGCCGAAGAUGCCGGAGGAGCUUCUGGCUGAAAAGCAGCUCAACACCGUUCCAUACAUUGUCGGAAUCAACCACCAAGAGUUCGGAUGGAUGAUUCCAAAGGUGAGCCUGUGUGGACCUCUGAGACCCGCAUCUGCCCCCAUCCCACCUAUCUCCCCUCUCUGGUUGCAGGAUCUCUUCCUUCUCCAGACCCCCUUUCACUUCUGGAACAUCCCUGAGGCACUGAUCCCAGCAGUCAUUGAGAAGUAUUUGGGAGGGACAGACGAUCCUGUCAAAAAGAAAGACCGGUUCUUGGAUUUGCUGGGAGAUGUGGUAUUUGGUGUCCCAUCUGUGACUGUGGCGCGUGGCCACAGAGAUGCCGGCGCCCCCACUUACAUGUAUGAGUUUCGUCAUCGCCCAAGCUUCUCAGCAGUCACGAGGCCCAAGAAUGUGAUAGGGGACCACGGGGAUGAAAUCUUC